AAUUUAGAAUUUGAGGAGAGAGAUUCCGUAGGACGAUUGCCCGAUUAUUAUGUUUUUCUUUUCUUUUCUUUACUUGGCAUCCAAACAUAGCCUAAUCGAACCAACGGCUUUUCAAAAUACGAAAAAGCCUAAAAGUUUAUGCGCCACUUCUUCGUCUCUUCCUCUUUGAUGCCUCCCCUUCAUCAUUCUCCAUUUGUCAACUCAAAGUACAGAGCUUUAGAAGAAGAAAUCUUCUCUCUCUUAUCCAGCUCCACCAGCUUCAGUCACAUUCUACAAAUCCAUGCUCGAAUCUUCACCCUCGGACUUCACCAAAACAACUUCAUUGCCACCAAACUCCUGAACCUCUGCUCCUCCUCCUCUUCAAUCAACCAUGCGUGCCUUACCUUCCACCACAUCGCGAACCCAACUGUGGGUCUAUGGAAUACUUUCAUCAGAACCCUUUCUCAGAAAAAGCUACCAUUUGAAACCCUCAGAACAUAUACCCAGAUGAAAAAAGCCCGAAUUCCACCUGAUAAUUUUACUUUCCCCUUCCUUCUUAAGGCUUGUUCUCUCCUUUCCCCUACCCCACCAAUCGGCCCAGCCAUCCAUGGUGAGAUUAUUAGGACUGGGUUUGAAUUUGAACCUUACAUUCGGAACUCAUUGAUUGAUAUGUAUUCAAAAUCUGGCCAUCUUGAGAGUGCAUUCUUUUUGUUCGACGGAAUGACUGUGAGAGAUGUUGUUACUUGGAAUAGCAUGAUUGCCGGGUGUUUCCGGAGAGAAGAUGUGGAGAGGGGUAGGGAACUUUUUGAUCAGAUGCCAGAGAGGAAUGUGGUUAGCUGGAACACAGUGGUUUCAGGUUAUGCACAUAAUGGGCAAGCUUUGGAGGCGUUGAAGCUUUUUAGGAAGAUGCAGUCAGAAUGUAUCCCACCGAAUGAAGUAACACUUCUCAGCGUUAUGUCUGCUUGUGCACAGGCAGGUGCAAUUGAGAUCGGGAAGUGGGUGCACCGAUAUAUUGAGAGGAAGGGAAUCAAAUUGGAUGUGUACUUGAGUAAUUGCUUGAUAGAUAUGUACUCAAAGGGAGGGAGCUUGCAAGAUGCUUGUAAGGUGUUCAAUGCAAUGGUAGAAAGGACUGUGGUUUCUUGGAACUCAAUGAUUGCUGGCUUGGCUAUGUAUGGAUGUGGUGAGGAUGCAGUUUUGCUGUUUGAGAAUAUGGACAGGGCAGGUGUAGAACCUAAUGACAUUACUUACAUCGCCAUAUUAUCUGCUUGUAAGCAUGCUGGAUUCAUUCAAGAAGGGCGGAAGUAUUUCAAACGUAUGGUAGAAAAGCAUGGGAUCACACCUAAGGUUGAGCAUUAUGGCUGCAUGGUUGAUCUCCUUGGUCGUGGAGGUUUUGUAAUGGAGGCUCAUGAACUGAUAAAAAACAUGCCCAUCCUGCCAGAUGCUGGUAUCUGGGGUGCCUUACUUGGUGCAUGUCGAACUCAUGGGAAUUUGGAGCUUGCAGAACAUACAGUGGUUCGCCUCCUUGAGUUGGAGCCAUGGAAUGCAGGGAAUUACGUCCUUCUGUCUAAUAUAUAUGCAGCAAGAGGUCUUUGGCAUGAUGUUGAAGAAGUGCGGAAGAAGAUGAAAGGAAGGAGGGUCCAGAAAACUCCUGGGUCGAGUUCUAUUGAGGUUGAGAGUUCAAUUCACGAGUUUUUGAUUGGAGAUAGGUCUCACCCUCGCUCAAAGGAGAUAUAUGAUAAGUUGGAUGAACUGGCAAUGCAAUUGAAGCUUGCAGGCUAUGUGGCAGAGACAGACUCUGUGUUGCAUGAUAUCUGCGAGGAAGAGAAAGAGAAUGCUCUCAAUGUUCACAGUGAAAAACUUGCCAUUGCAUUUGGGCUCAUUAGCACAGCCCCAGGAAUGACUUUAAGAAUCAUCAAAAACCUGAGAGUAUGUAAAGAUUGUCAUUCUGCAACUAAACUUAUAUCAAAAAUUGUCAAAAGGGAAAUAAUUGUCAGAGAUCGAAUUCGAUUUCACCACUUUAGGGACGGAAUGUGUUCUUGUAAGGAUUUUUGGUAGCAUCACAUUGCAUUUUCCUUGGAAAGCAGUUAAAACAUACACAAAUGAUAGGCUUUCAAUGGGAUAAUUGAUAACUCUUCUUCAGGAUUCUUCACUCUCACUGCCACUGGAUAUCAGAGAGGCAAUAAAGAGAGAUCCAGAAGGAUGAGUUAGUGGGGUGAACUUAGUGUUGAUGGGAAAUCCUGGUGACACCAGUGCUGAAGGAUGCAUAUGAUCAGAAGAGGAUGGGUAAUUGCUGGAUGGUUGGAUAGUGGGUUUGGCUAGUGGAUACACCCCCAAUGAUGUAGCAGGGACAGAUGAAAAAAUGAUGUUGCUGAUAUAUGGGCUGGUUUGGAAUGGGAUUAUCUGUGACAAGGGACAUGGAAUUUCAAAUGCUGCAAUCUCUGUCCACCAUUUAAGCUAUCCAAUGUGGGGUGCUCUGCCUCCUGAUUCAGUGAUUCUUUGUCAAGGAAGCUACUUCGCUGAUUGAACAGCAGACAUGGGUUUUCUCAUAUGGGAAUCUUCCCGAUCACACUCUCUUAAUUAUGUGUUGACCAUCUAAUGCAGGAAUCUUUUUACCCAUACAAGCCAUCGAAGUAUCGGCACUUUAUUGACAGAUCAUGAAGGACCAAUGAACAAGAAGCGAUCUAGACUAAUGUAGAGGUGAACCAGACUUUUAUGAUGCAUCUAAUAGCACUGCUGUUCUCUCUGAUCUAUGAUUAAUGGUGAAAUUAUAGUUAAAAACAAUAAGUUGAGCCAAACACUCGAGAUUGGUCAAACUGGAAUUCUUUCUACAAAUUUGAUCACCAGGCUACUGAAGCCCUAUGGGUAGGAGGAUUUUUGUGGGGUCUAUUUAUCUAUACACGGCUAAGGGAAGUCUGAUUUCUAUAACAAAUGCUAAUCUUUUCUUGUAUCUGAUCUUGAUGACCUUCAAAAAGAGAGGAAGAAGUUGAAAGUUGAAACUGAUCGAUCACUAGGGAAAGAGGUAAUGGUAUGAACGGCUUGAGCUGGCUGUAUCUCUGUUUGUCUGUUUGAACGUAGAAACGAAAACCUUGCCUUAUUUUAUGGUUUUGGAACCUUUGAGAUCCAAAAGGUAAGCAUCUUUAAGUAGAGAUUACCUCAUCAAUAUUAUAUUAUCAAUGGAUACUUGGACA